GAUUAUCGGAAGAAGUGAUUCCGUGCGCAUGCGCAGUCUGGAUCUGUGUAGUAGGGCUACCUCGGAAACCAGCGUACUACAUAGAUCUCUGACUCAAGCGGUUAUUUCUGUCGGAUUUAGGCGCAACAACUGCGCCAUUGAUGAGCGGAUUACUUUGCAAAGCAUUCAUUUGUAAAGAGGAACUCGUAUCUGUUUAAUAAGGAACUGUCCACGAAGGCAAACUAAGAGAAAAUGAGCAGAUAGUUGACAGAUUACUUCCCCUGUUACAGGCGCGUUAUGUGGAAGAGGAGUGUUUAUGACCCCUGAAGCCUGGAGAAAGACACGAAACAACCUGACUAUCAAGAAAAGUGUGUGUACAUGCCAUGGCUGUGGUUUUAUCUUCUCACUUCCAGAUAAUAUGUGUGAUAUUUGUACUCUUCGACAGCACUGGAGGUUCGGCUUCUCAGACGUCCCAGUUCUCUUCGUAUGAAGUGAGCAUCCCGAAACGCAUCGGCAGACACAGGAGAGAGCAGGACGGCGCCGUUUCCAAUAAGGUGUCCUAUGUUAUCCCAGCUCAGGGGAAAGAACAUGUCAUCAUCUUGGAAAAGAACGAGUUUCUCCUGCCGGAGGAUUUCACCGUGUAUUCCUACGCUAAGGAUGGAUCACUGAUCACCGAAAGACCCAACAUGAAGGAUCACUGUCAUUACCGUGGUUACGUGGAGGAUGUAGACGGCUCUUCCGCUGCUCUGAGUCUCUGCUCUGGAUUACGAGGCGUGAUCCACAUGCAGAACACCAGUUUAGGCAUCGAGCCACUAGAGGGUUCGUCAGAUAAUGAGCACCUCAUCUACCACCUGGAGGACGUCAAGACGAAGCCUUUUACCUGCGGCACGCCCCACUCCCGUCACCAUGGCAACCAAGUAUCACCUGGCCACGCCCACGCCCACAACGCUACAUUUGGUCGACCUGAGAGUCAUCUGAUCAGAAAAAAGAGGGCGGUGCUACACCAGACACAUUACGUGGAGCUGCUGCUGGUGGUCGAUAAUGAGAGAUUUAACUUCACAAACCGCAAUCAGACGGCGGUGAGAGAGGAGAUGGUGCAGCUCGCUAACUACAUCGACAGUAUGUACGUAGCUCUGAAUAUCCGGGUGGUGUUGGUGGGGUUGGAGAUCUGGUCGGUGAUGAACUUUAUCAGUACGGACGGUGGAGCAGGUGAGGUGCUCGGUCGCUUCACCCAGUGGAGGGAGAAGGAGCUCGUGCCCCGCCGUCGCCAUGACAGCGCUCAGCUCAUCCUGAAUAGAGGAUUUGGGAUUACAGCAGGCAUGGCGUUUGUGGGUACGGCCUGCUCCAGGAGUCAUGGGGGCGGGAUCAACGCGUUCACUCAUAAAAAUGUAGCAUCGUUUGCCUCCAUCGUGGCUCAUGAGCUCGGCCAUAAUCUCGGGAUGAACCAUGAUGAUGACGGGAGAAACUGCAAAUGUGAUGUGGCCCACUGCAUCAUGAACUCCGGGGCAACUGGCUCGCGGAACUUCAGUAGCUGCAGCGCGGAUGACUUUGAGAAGUUGAUCCUGACCGCCGGAGGCAGCUGCCUGAUGAACGUGCCGCGUCCCGACGAGGCCUACAGCGCCCCCUUCUGUGGCAACAAGCUGGUGGACAUGGGAGAGGAGUGUGACUGCGGCUCCGAGGAGGAGUGUGAGAAGGACCCCUGCUGUGAGCCUAAAACAUGUAAACUCCGAGCUGGAGCUCAGUGUGCCUAUGGAGUGUGCUGCAAGCACUGCAGGUUCCUCCCCGGUGGCACCGUGUGCAGGAGCAGUACGGACGAGUGCGACCUGCCGGAGUACUGUAACGGCUCGUCUGCUCUGUGCCAGGUCGACGUGUUCAAACAGAACGGACACCCGUGCCGAGAGGGCGUGGCUUACUGCUACAACGGCCUGUGCCAGCACUACGACACGCAGUGCCAGGCCCUGUUCGGGCCCAAGGCAAAAGCUGCUCCCGAGGUUUGCUUUAAAGACGUAAACUCCAAAGGUGAUCGCUUCGGAAACUGUGGCUACCAGAACAACCACAUGAAGAAGUGUGAGAGCAGGAAUGCCAUGUGUGGGAAGCUGCAGUGUGAGAACGUCCAGAAUACCAUCGUGUUCAGCAUCAAGCCCUCCAUCAUCCAGACCCCGAUCGGAGGCACCACCUGCUGGGGAGUGGACUUCCGUCUGGGCACCGACGUUCCUGACCCGGGCAUGGUCAACGAGGGCACCAAGUGUGGAGAGAACAAGGUUUGUUUGAACUACGAGUGCAAGAGUGCUGACGAGCUGAAAUACGACUGCGACGUGCAGAACAAAUGCCACGCUCAUGGGGUGUGUAAUAGCAACAGGAACUGCCACUGUGAUUACGGCUGGGCGCCACCCUUUUGCGAAUUCGCAGGCUACGGCGGCAGUACAGACAGCGGCCCCACCUGGAACGAUAAAGACACAUCGACGAGAGACGGCCUGCUGGUUUUCUUUUUCCUGGUUCUUCCUCUCCUGGCUUUGGGUCUCUACGUCUUUUUCAGGAGAAACGAGCUGCAACGACGCUUCUGCAGGAAAAAACGCUCUCGGGGCUACGAAGCGGACAGCAGGCCGCAGACCAACAACAGCCGGACUCCUGCGAAUCAGCACGGGAACCCCAGCAGCAUAGUGAAAGACGGACAUCAGGCUCAGUUAUUACCAGCCGAAGAGGUGGUUCACACGAGUAAGACCUCUGCAUCAGCGCCGGCGUACGCCUCCAGACCGCCACGCCCAGCGUUUACACGACCUCCUCCUCCUGCCAGUCAGCUCCUGCCUCAGAGACCCGCCCCUCCUCCCCCUGUAUAACACACGCCUCACACAUCCAGGACAGGUGUGUGUACGUGUGUGUGUGUGUGUGUGUGUGUGUGUGUGAGGACUUGAGUGACUCUGCCUGACCCUACGCUUCCCACCGUGACCACUUGUCACCUGUCAAUCAAACAGCUGCUACGCUAAAGACAUGGGCUGAAUCUGACACACCCUGAACAGCGCACUGAGUACGAUGCUAAAAAUAGGAAAAUCGCCCUGUUUAGUGCACUAUACAGCAAAUAAGGGAGCUGUUCGGAUUCAGCCGUGGCUUCUGCACCGAGACGAACCUCAUCCUGCAAUAUCAUCGUACGGAAAAGGCGGGACCAGUGAGCCUCAGCCAAUCAGAUGGGCACGAUGUUCCUGAUUUAAGGUUCUUACGGCAGCAUGCGGAAUCUCUCGUGUAUUAUCAUGUCUGUUACUAUUAUGGAAUGUAAAGGACCAGAACCACUGCAGUUGAUUGCACUUCAGUAUAUUUAGUGCACAAACAAUGUAAUCAUGUCAAGCUUCCUGAUUAAUUAGGCUUUUUUUUUUUUUUUAAAUAUAUAUAUUUGGUGUCGAAUAUGACCGGUUGAUGCAGAUCGUGAAAUCCGAUUUCUUUCAGAUUCUGCAUCAUCAGGCUUUUACAUAGGAUGCAUGAAUGCUGGAGGGUUUUUUUUUUUAAAUUAAAAAAAAAGAAAAAGAAAAAAAUAUAUAUAUUAUUUCUAAUUAAAAAUAAUUUAGCAUCAUUUGAAAAACAGGAAAUAACUUUAGAGGAGUUCAAAUACAAACGGUGAUACUGAAAACAAUAAACAGUCAUAAAUAAUUCGGUUUGUAAUCAUUUCUUGGGAAGUAAAAUCGAAUCGUGACGUCCUAAGCGAAUUUAUAAAUAUAAAUAUAAAAUUAAAAAAGAAAAAUAAUAAUAAUUUUAUAUAUACAUAUAUAUAUGCAAAAUACCACUGAUACGAACAUGACAAGCCAUUUGAAUUAUUAUUAUUAUUUUUUAUUAUUAUUAUUAUUAUUUGUAAACAACACCAAUUUUAUAUCUUCAUUCGAGCUGCAAACCGAUUCUUCUUCCGGAUUCUCAGAUUCCACGUUGCUUUCCAAAGUGAAAGGUCAAAGUUCAAUACUGCAAUAUAAACAAACUCUGAACUUCAGGGUUUGUUUUUGUGUGUCGUUGUUGUUGUUGUUGUUUCCCACACCGUUUGUAUCCAUCUAUGUCAUGUUGAUUUUAUUUCUUUUGUUGAACAAUUAUUUUUUUAUUAUUAUUUUAUUGUUUUUUUUAGAUCGACCGUCUCUCGGAGCAGAUAAACCUCUAAAAGCGCUCGUUUGAAUAUUUCUAUGUCAUUUUUUUUUUUUUUAAAUUUGAAACGGUUGCAUUGUGGUGUAAAAUAUAUCGUCGGGGUUUUAUUUCACAAACUUGAAGCCUUAUUUGAGUCAUCGUUAAAGGGCUACGUGACGCCGAGAGCGCAAACCCCUGCUCAGAUCCUACAAUGCAAUACGCUCUCAAUGUUCAAAUCGCACACACACACACGUAACUGUGUCAGUAUGACUCUG